AUGGUUUCAGGAAGCUGUCUUUGUGGUAAAUUCGGCAUCGAAUACAGCGGUGAGCCUGCUUUGAAGGCACUCUGCCACUGCACCGAUUGUCAAAAGAUCAGCGGCAGCGCAUACAGCGUUAACAACGUCGUCUCUGGCGAGGGUUUCAAGGUGACGGGCAGCCCCAAGAGCUUCACCAAGACAGCCGACAGCGGCAAGAAGAUCACGUCGUACUUCUGCGGUGAUUGCGGAUCCACUUUGUACCGCGAUGGAGAGAACUUCCCUGGCAUGAAGAUUGUCAAGGCUGGUACUUUGGAUGGAGAUGUCUUGAACCAGAGCAAGCCCAACGUCGAGUUGUUUGCUCCUACAAGACCCAAGUGGGUCUCUGCACUUGACGGUGCUGAGCAGAAGGAGACCAUGUAA